CUAACGACGCUCGCGGAAACUAUUUCGUGAGUGAAUAUCGGCAGUUUACGCUUCCAGAGUCCGCCGUAAUCCCACCGAUUGAAGGUCUGUGAGUGGCGUUUGGAUACGAGCUGAUACAUUCCCGGUAGCCUCUUUACAAACAUGGAACCGAUGACUUUGGGCAGCCCAAGUUCGCUCCCGGGGAGUGGUGUUAGCGGUAGCGGUAGCGCCGUAGGUUACCUUCCAUCGUUUCUAAUGGGCGAUCCGCCGGCAACGCCUCGUCCAAACACGCUGUCGCCGACACGAGCGCGUGGCUCGCUUGCGUACGGUAAUUUGUCCGGCUCCCCGACCGAUGGAAUGCGAUCGCCCACGAUUGCGGCCUUCCACCAUCAGCAACAGCAACAGCAGCACCAACAGCAACAACAGACGCCUGCUAACUUCUUGCUAAUGCAGCAGCAAACGCAGCGCUUCCUGCAGAACUCGACCGUCCAAGCCUCGUCGAUCGCAAACCAAUUCCGUAACGAAUCGUUCGACACCAACACGAGCGUCAUCGGGCCGCCAACGCAGGGAUUGUUUGAUUCGUGGCAUAAGGAAAAACAGCUGCUCCAUACGUCCACCAGGGGCCUGGGGACGGGUGGUAUGGGACCAAUGCUACCACCGGUUCCGAACGAGUUUGCACCGCAGCUGAACCAAUCGUUUAACGAAUCGAUUGCGAACCAAAGCGGUUUCAAUGGGUCGCGUGUCAUGUCACCGAUUCCGGUGGACUAUAGUCGUGUCGCAAACGUUCCCGUUUCUCCUCCCGGCACUCCCUUCGGUGGCAACCCACCGCAGCAGCAGCAGCAGCCCACCGCACAGACAAUGGCGAACAGUAAUGGUUCGGCGGUCACUUCGAACUGGAUCACGGUGUUUGGUUUUCCGCAAAGCGCGACCAAAGAAGUGCAGUCGCACUUUUCCACGUUGGGCACGAUCAUCGACAAACAGUUGGCCAGUCAGGGGGGCAACUGGAUGCACCUACACUACAGUUCGCGGAUCGAGUGCAUCCGGGCACUCAACUACAAUGGGCGCGUCAUAAGCCCGGGACUGAUGAUUGGGGUGGUGCACUGCAACGUUUCGACCAUCGUUGGAAAGGAGAAUGAUGGCGAUAGCGUAGCGGCCGCCCAGAACAACCAACCUCUGAACCGCGUGCGAUCGUUGAUAAACAUGUCUCAUGCUAAUGAGCAGGACGCAAGCCCCAUGAUGGCUCCAGCGACCCCUCAGAGGCGUGGUCCUGGCAUCGUGCACAAGGCAAUGGAUCUGUUCUUCGGGUGGUGAAAAA